AUGUCUGACAUUUUGCUUGUCUCAGUCAACUUGAAAGUUGCUUUCCUUGAGGAUGUCGAAUGGAACAAUCAAGCCUUUAAGUAUCUGGUGAUUGACGACGAAACAAAGGAGCUAAUUAAGGCUGUCAUCACAACCCAGUUAAAGGCUGAGGAAAACACAGACCUUAUACAUGGCAAAGGAAACGGCCUCUUCAGUCUACUUCAUGGCGGCCCUAGCACCGGAAAAACGUUAACAGCUGAAAGUGUCGCUGAGAUUGCCAAAAAGCCCCUCUACAGAGUCGCUUGUAGAGACAUAGGAACUAAGGCCGAAGAGGUAGAGGCGCGAAAUGCCCUAGUAUCCGUGUUUCUCCGAGUUCUGGAAUACUACCAUGGUAUCCUAAUCCUGACGAGUAACCGAGUCGGAACUUUUGACGAAGUAUUCAAGUCCCGUAUCCAACUGAAUCUUCGGUACAAGAACCUGUACAAGAACCAGCGAUUGCAGAUCUGGAAAAACUUUUAUCGACCGCAUCGAAAUCUUGGACAAACGAUGCAUUGUGGCCAGCAAGAUCUCGGAGUGAACGCGGACGAAAUCAGGGCCCAUGUUCCCAGCCUUGCGAAGACGAAUCUCAACGGACGAGAGAUCCGCAACGUCACCUCAACGGCUCGGCAGCUGGCAGUGUACCGUGGGCAGCCCUUGGGGUAUGAGCGUAUUAAAUUCGUCAUAGGGGAGGCGAAUAAAUUUGACGAACACCUCAAGGAGUUGAGCCGUGGCUUCUCGGCGGACGACAAACUAUGUAGAGAGGGAGUCGGAUGGUUGGUCUCUACAAGAGCGAGCCAGUUCUUCAAUGUGCCCUUGUAG